AUGCUUCGACGAUCAACGGUGGUUCUCGCUCUGGGCAUGUUGGCCCACAUGGCAUUGGCGCAGCCUCCCGAAUACAUUGAAUGGAUAAUUGAUGAUCGUUGCCCCGAGGACGGGGACAGACGUCUCAAGGUCGAUGAGAAGGAUUCCGCCGCCCACUUGCGGGGAUCUCCCCUCGUAGAAGGAGAAAUCCAAGAUAAUGAACUAGUUGGUAAGCUAGUAGAGGAGCAAAACGAGAAACCCACCGACCACAAGGAAGGCCGAUCGCUUCAGAGUUUCUCCACAAAUCCCUUGACCUUCAACCUGAAGCUUCACUGGCAAGAAGCCUACUGCUGGCAGCGGGAGUGGAUCGAACGAAAGUGGUGUUUGGAAUGUCCCGGGGAGUCGUGCACCUCGGGAAGCUUCUUGUGGAUCAAUGAAUGUGACUCGGGAAAUCCCUUGCAGCGCUUCGAGUGGGUCCAGCUUGGCUUGGAUGGAACUACGCUCGAGAAUCAGGGUCUCUUGAAACCAGCAGAUUACGACUUGUGUGUUCACCAAAUCGUAAAAGGGACAUUUCGGCUGCUUCCUUGCAAUGAAUACUAUGUGGACCAAAAGCUGGUCGGGUUCGAUACAACGAACCGUUUUGAGCUGCGUCCUGCACGCUUGAGCCACUCUGAAGAUUGUCUGACGCAAGAUCAUCAUCCUAAACCGCGCGAAGAACUCAUUUCCAUGUCAUGUUACAUUGCAAGGAGACACCGCACCAGCUAUUGGGAGGUCUACGAACCCAGCGAAGCGAGUCUAUCCCUGCGUGUUCCGCAAUGCUCCAGUGGGAACCCAUGCGGACCAUGCGAAGGUGACUGCAGAGAGGAUUCCGAUUGUCGAGGGGACCUCCAAUGUUUCCAACGAGGACCCGACAAUGUGGAAGACCCCGUUCCUGGUUGUGCUGGCGCAACACAAACCCACUAUGCGGACUAUUGCUAUGAUCCAACAAGGUAA